UUUAAAAUUCCAAAAACUAAAAUAUUCAUAGAAAUUUCAAGAGAUUUGGAUCCGUAAUAAAAGAUAUGGCAUUCAAAUUAAGUAGGGCUCUCUAAAAAUAAUGCUUUCAGAUUUGUCACCGUGUCAUCUGCUGGGCCCGAGAUCUGUGUGAUCGGUGCCUGUCUACGACCGCCUUUUUCUUUUUCUUUUGCUCGAUAAUCGAUGUAAUAUUGACGUGACGUGGCAACAGUGAGACUCCCAAAUCCAAAGUGCAACUCCACUUCUUCCUCCCAUUGGCCAGCGAUUUUCCUUCGUCCACAAGCAAACCAACAGUAAAACCGGCCCGGACAGACAAGAAUAUCUAGCGCGAGACAGGGCCCCACCUGUUCCCCUAUCCAAUCAGAACCACACGAACAACCUCUCUUCUCUCUGUCUCUCUCACCCUUCAACGAGGGUAACUGCCAGGAAACCCCUGAACACCCCAUAAGGUCGGCGCUCUCUCUGGCUUAACUUGUCCCAAACCCAAACUUAAAAAAAUCAAUGGGUCGGCACCAACAACGAGACAACUCUGGCUGUCGGAUUAGAAGACGAAGUCUGACCAGAGGCGAACCUCCUCAACCGCCUUGAAUCUCUUUCAAGAUUUUUAUCGAACUCCAUGUCGGCAUAAACCCGCCAGUCCCCCUUAUAAACCCCUCUACAACCCUCAUUUGCCCAUUUCUCUCGCCCGCCGCACCACUUCUCGUACAUUAACGCACAAACAAACCCACUCUCUCUCUCUCAGUCUGCCAUAACAUCGAUGAGUCCAGAAGACAAACACUUUCCAAAAUCUCCACCCAUGACUUCUACGGGGUCGAAGGGUAAAGCUCCGGUCGUCGAAAGGUCGUCGUCCAGUUCAGCCGAGUUGGACUCUGAGACUAUCGGGACCCGGCUCUCUCCGAUACAACCCGAAACAACGUCGCAACCGUUCUCGCCCGGGUCUUUCUUCAUGGACACCGCGGCUAGUUUCUCGGGCUCUCCUCCUCUAGUGGACCUCGAAGCCUUCUCAACCAUAAACCCAUCACCGGUUUUCGCCGAAACAGCGAGAACCGUAUCGGUGAAUAGUACAGGAGGUGGAGGAGACUCCGAGAGUGUCAGCGUACCUCAGCCGCUCGGGUGCUUGCAGGACAAUCCGAUUCCGCCGUUUCUGUCGAAGACGUUCGACCUGGUGGACGACCCGGCGCUUGACCCGAUCAUAUCGUGGGGACCCACUGGAGAGAGCUUCGUCGUGUGGGACCCAGUGGACUUUGGGAGACUCGUCCUGCCACGGAAUUUCAAGCACAACAAUUUCUCCAGUUUUGUCCGCCAGCUUAAUACUUAUGGGUUCCGCAAGAUUGAUACUGAUAGGUGGGAGUUUGCCAAUGAAUCUUUCCAGCGAGGGAAGAGACAUCUGUUGAAGAACAUUCAGAGGCGCAAAUCACCUCAUUCCCACCAGAUUGGGAUAUAUGUUGGGCCAUCUACGGAAGCAGGGAGGCCUGCUCUGGAAGGUGAGAUAGAGAGGCUGAGGAAGGAUAAGAGUAUGAUGAUGCAGGAGGUUGCUGAAUUGCAGCAACAGCAGUGGGGUACCUUUCACCAUAUGGAAUCAGUGAACCAGAAGCUUCAGUCUGCAGAGCAGAGACAGAAUCAGAUGGUUUCUUUCGUGGCAAAGUUGCUGCAGAACCCAGCAUUCUUAGCCCGGCUUCAGCAGAAGAAGGAACAGAGAGAAAUAGGUUCUCCACGAGUGAAGAGGAAGUUUGUCAAGCAGCAUCAACAUGAAAUGGGUAAAUCAGAAUCUUCCAUGGAAGAGCAGCUUGUGAAAUACCAACCAGAUUGCAGACAACUCAUUAUACCUUCUGCAGCCCCGGAAGUAUAUCCAGUUCCUGUUGAACAAUCUGAGGAUUAUUUCUCACAAGGUAUGGUUACUAUGAUAGAACCCAUUGGCUUAGGUGCUGAAAGCAUACCACUUCCAUCAGAUGAAGGGUCAUCAAGGCUGGGGACUGAGGAUCUGAAAGGAAAUAAUUUCAUGAGCCUGCAAGAAGAAGAGGUUAAUCCCAUGUUUUUUGUCUCUUUUGCAGAAGAAAUAUCGAAGGAGAAGGCUUUUUCUGAGUUAUCUCCGGGGAUUGAAAACAUCAUUAAACAAGAGGAUAUAUGGAGCAUGGGUUUUGAUGCGAGUACCACUAUGCCUAGCUCUAGCAGCGAGUUGUGGGGUAUUCCAAUAAACUAUGAAGUUCCAGAGUUGGGAGUGACUGGUGGAUUAUCAGAUAUCUGGGAUUUAAGUUCUCUGCAAGUGGCCGAAGGUUCAGGCAUCGAUCAGUGGACUACUGAUGAACCCAAAGAUGAUAUAUCAGAAAAUAGGGAUCCAUAAGGCUUCAUUUGCUUCUGCACUUGCUGCCCUUGUGGAUCUGUAUUAUUAUUUUUAGUUGAACAGAUCAACUUUUGGACAAUUUAUUUGCAAAUAUAUUCAAUUAAUUGCAGUGUCAAUUUUUUUCUUGAUUUUCAGCUUCCAUUCAAUUAAAUUUUACAUUUCUAUUA